AUGGGCCGCAGCCCCAACAAAACUCAACUUUUUGCGCAUCGCACUAAUUACUCGCAAUUGACCGCCGGCGGUGGACUGACUCCUCCUCCGCGAUUCGGAUUGUUCCAAGGAUGCCAUCCGUGGGCAUAUGUCCAAUUAUCCCCUUACAUGCACGGAUCUUUCUUCUUCUGCAGGGCCAAGGUCUCGUUGAGGUUUUGGUUGAAAGUUCGGGCCUUUUUACAGAGAUUUGAAAGUCGGAAUCGGUCACAGAAGCCUCUUUUUUUCAAGCUUGGGCUUCUUUUUAUUUAAUAAAGACUGGGUGGAAAACUGGAGCACAGUUCUUAAGGAACAUAAAUCAAAGAAUCUAACUACCUUAAGAAAUCACUAAUUUAGUAAAGCUUCUGAAGCAGUUUUGCACUCAAAAACUACACACAGAUAAACUCAGAAACGCUUCCAACUUCUGAAAUCUUCUAAAUUCCAAGCUUCAUCUCCAAGAAGGUCGCUUAAAAAAGCUACCUCUUCCACCGAAACCUUUAGUCACAUAUGGAAUAGUCUCGGUGAGACCUGAAAAGGGAAGGGGUUUUGGCAAAAACGAGAAACGGAGGGGGUCGACAAAACCGUAAAAAAAGUUCAGGAGUUUUUUUCAUAGUUAACAGUGAUCGGAAUAAAAAGAAAGAACUUUCACAUCCUUCGGCAUCAACCUGUAAUUUUUAAACAAAAAAACUUCAAGCAUGGGUGAGAGGGGGGCUUGGCAUUAAGGGGGGCGUGUCGCCAGUCAUGCUCAUCUCAUUUAUGCCUUUCGUAUCCAAAAAUCCAGGAGCAAAAAAUUCCGAGAUUUCAAAAUAAGAAACUUUGAAGCCAGUGACACACUUCUGCGGCAGUUUUAUAGUCCAAACCUUUUUGGAAAGACGACUUGCUCACUCAGAAACCUCCUAAUCCAACUAAAAAAUCCUCAAAUCUCCAAGCUUCAUGCCCAAGAAAAGUCAGCAGGGUCAAAAAAAAAUCUAGAAAAAUAAGAAAUCCUAAAAUAUGGAUCCUUGAGCCCAAUAUGAUAUCUUUAUAGUUGGCCGCUUUUAAGAGACCUAUAAAAAAAUUUCUGGUAUUUCUAAAAACCUUCAAAUACAACGGAAAAAAUCCUCGAAGCUCCCAGCUUCAUGCCCAAGAAAGGUCAAAACAACAACAAAUCGGUAAGGCUGACAUAAAUAAGGAAGAAAGAUGAAGGGGGGAAGGGGACAGGUGGGUCGGCGCCGUUUUUGAGACAGGUUGGCACACAAACGAGGAGCCCCCGUCUGUCAGACGUCGUCUCGACUGA